CAGACCUGAGUUGAUUUGCCCUCAUAUGGGUUAGCAGUGCUUGGAGCAUUCAUUGGGAAAGCACUUGCAGGGCACUGUGUGCUGGAGAACAUCAAAGUAUUGGAGACCUUUCAUUCUUUUGGAUUUUGAGACCAAAUUAGCCCAGCUGUAACCCCCUUCCCUUAGUCCUGAGCUCAUUUCCAAUAGCAUUUCCAACAUCUGCUCUUUCAGUUUUUCAGCCUGCAGCGUGUGUCCAUAGCCUGGUCUUAAAGGCAGAAAUUACUGAGUGAAAUUCUCUGAACUCUCUUUUUCAAAACCUGAGCUCUGUGCAGCCUAGGAAAGGAAAUUUUUUUUAAGCUGCUGCAGAGCACACGCCAAAACCCAUCCACCUAACACAGCAGUCUGGUAACUCCAGCUUGACAACAACAUACCUUCCACCUUAAAAAUCUGUGUUCAUCAAGGGAGAUGUACACACUGGAGUGCUCCACAGGAGAAAGGCAAACACUUGCUGCCAGUAGGGACAGAGGUCAUCAGCUGCACAUCUGCAUAUCAGUCGCUGGAUGGGAAUAAAAACCACGUUCCUGCCCCAACCUAGUUGUAGUCCAACGUCCUGGAUGAGCACAGAGCUCUCAUGGCGCUCUGGGAGAUUCUCCUUUGUACCUUGAUAGCAUUGCUGCUCAGCGGGCUCUACCUCCUGGGCAUGUUUCGGAGACGGAGACCCGGUGAGCCACCCCUGGCCAAAGGCAUCAUUCCCUGGCUGGGGUAUGCUCUGGAGUUCAGAAAGGACACUUCAGAGUUUCUAAAAAGGAUGCAGAGAAAACAUGGGGAUAUUUUCACAGUGCUGAUUGGCGGCUAUUACUUCACCUUUGUGAUGGACCCCUCCUGCUUUGGAGCCAUCGUGAAGGAAUCACGAUCUAAAUUAGAUUUUAGGACUUUUGCAUCUAAACUGGUCCUGCAGGUUUUUGGCUACGAGACCAUUGAAGCCGACCACACCAUAACUCAUGCAUCAAGCACAAAGCAUCUGAUGGGAGAUGGACUCACUGUCAUGACAGAAGCCACCAUGGAGAACUUUAAGAAGCUGAUGCUUUUCAACCUGAGCUCAGGAGAGGAGAAGCGAGUGUGGCAAGAGGAUAGCCUCUUCCACUACUGCUACAACAUUGUCUUCAGAGCUGGGUACCUGACGCUAUAUGGCACCCAGCCACACCAAGGGGCAGAUAACAAGGAGAAAGCUAAUGAGCAAGAUCGCAUCCACUCCAACCAGAUGUUCCAUGAGUUUCGGAAGUAUGACCGCCUCUUCCCUCGCCUGGCCUCUGCUAUGCUGCCUUCCAAGGACAAAAUAGAAGCUGAGCGGCUGAAGAGGCUCUUCUGGAGCAUGCUGUCUGUGAAGAAAAGCUGUCAGAAGGACAAUAUCAGUGGGUGGAUAAGUGAUCAAAACCAGCUUCUGGCAGAAAACGGUGUCCCCGAGUACAUGCGGGAUCGUUUCAUGUUUAUGCUACUCUGGGCAUCUCAAGGCAAUACGGGCCCAACUGCCUUCUGGCUCCUCUUGUACCUAAUGAAACAUCCAGAAGCUAUGAAGGCUGUGAAGGAUGAGGUAGAUAAAGUCUCAAGGGAGAAUGGCCAAGAAGCGAAGCCAGGGAGCCCACCAAUUAACGUCACUAGGGACAUGUUAAACCAGACUCCAAUUCUGGACAGUGCUCUGGAGGAGACCCUGAGGCUGGUUGCAGCCCCAGUACUGACCCGAGCUGUUCUGGAGGACAUCAGCCUUAAGACAGGAAGUGGGACAGAGUACACCCUCCGCAAAGGAGACAGGGUGGCUCUGUUCCCACACAUGUCUGUGCAGAUGAACCCAGAAAUUCACCCCAAGCCUCAUGAAUUUAAGUAUGACCGCUUCAUAAACCCAGAUGGCACCAAGAAAUAUUUCUACAAAAAUGGGAAGAGGCUGAAAUACUUCAACAUGCCUUGGGGGGCGGGAGUAUCCAUCUGUCCCGGGCGGUUCUUCGCUUCUGCUGAAAUUAAAAUGUUUGUAUUCUUGGUGCUGAGUCUGUAUGAUCUGGAACUGGUCAACAGAGAAGAGGAGAUCCCAGCGAUAGACAUCAGCCGCUGGGGAUUUGGGACAAUGCAGCCUGUCCGUGAUGUUCGGUUCAGGUACCGGUUACGCUUUUAGUUUAAGAAGUCUUUGUGUUGUUUGUUCUGGUAUUACCUGUGAAAUAAAUUGCAUGAUCCACUGGUUAUCA